CUCAAACUAAGCGGUUCCUCAACUCAGAGAAGGGCGAAGUUCUAGUUUCCCAUCUCCAGGAUCUCUCGGGAAGCCCAGCUGCUUGAGUACUGGGCAGGGGUCUCUGCCCCUCCCUGGGGGAGGCGGGUCGCCAGUGACGUCACGGGGGCAUUCGCGGCCUCUUUAAGACCCCCGCCUCCGCCCCCUUUCCCCAUACUCUACCCUGUUCUCUGGCUGCACCCGUUCUUUUCCUAGGCAGGUCUUCUCUAAGCCUCCAGCCAUGGCUUCUGCUGGCCUCCAGAUCCUGGGCAUCAUCCUUUCAGUACUGGGCUGGAUAUCAGGCCUAGUGUCCUGUGCCAUGCCCAUGUGGAAAGUCACGGCCUUCAUUGGCAAUAACAUCGUAGUGGCCCAGGUGGUGUGGGAAGGCCUCUGGAUGGCUUGUGUGGUCCAGAGCACUGGCCAGAUGCAAUGCAAGGUUCAUGAUUCCAUGCUGGCUCUGCCUCACGAUGUCCAGGCCUCCAGAGCCCUCAUGGUUGUUGCUCUGCUUCUGGCCCUGGUCGGCCUGCUGGUCUACCUGGCUGGGGCCAAGUGUACCACUUGUAUAGAAGAUGAGGAACCAAAAGCCCGGCUAGUACUGACUUCAGGGGUCAUUUUCCUCAUCUCAGCAGUCCUGGUCCUGAUCCCUGUGAGCUGGACUGCCCAUGUGAUCAUCAAGAAUUUCUACAACCCCCUGGUUGCUGAUGCUCAGAAAAGGGAGUUGGGGCAUAGCCUCUACGUUGGCUGGGCAUCUGCAAGCCUUUUUAUACUAGGUGGGUCCUUACUGUGCUGCACUUGCCCCUCCAGCAGCUCAAGGGGCACCAGCCAUUAUGUGGCCCGAUACUCUGCUUCUGCCCCUCCCCCAGGGGGCUCCCGAGGUCCUUCUGAAUACCCGACCAAGAAUUAUGUGUGAAUCUGGAAAGGGGGGAGGGAGGUAACAAAUGACUCCCUAAGGUAAGGGAGGUCCUCUUUCCCUCUCAAGAUGAAGUUACAGGUGACCCCUGUCAGUCUUGAGAGUUUUAGUUGUUUUUUUUUUAACCCCUUGGAUGACUGAGCCAAGAAGAUGACUCCACAUCCCUUCCUAGUCUUUACUGCUGCUACUGAUGCAAAGUCUUCCAGACGUCCUUGGAUAAGGAGCUGCAGAGAUCCUGCCCAAGAGCUCCAGCAUCUUUUCCUGGAUACUGCAAAGAUCUACACUAUUUCUCCGGAAAUGCCUGAACACUCUUUGGUUGUGGGACUGAAUUCUAACCCUGUCAAGUGCAAAGUUCUUCAGUGUGCUCUGUCCUUGCCAUCCCCAACUUUCAGGAAAACAGGAGCACCAAGAUUCCACUAGCCUUUCUUGGUUUCCAUGGGAACUGUGAUAGCUACUAUGAUUCUCCUGGACUCCCAGAAGGCAGAAAGUGAUUUUCCUGCUGGCUCUUGCAUCCUGCUGUUAACAUCCUCUUUCUAAUCCAGAAUCCAGCAAGCAUCUCUCCCACCCUCCCACCAUGCUCCUGCCUUCCUUCCCUGUCUCUUUUUGUGGAGUUUCCAUAGUUGGAGUUUUUAGAGAAUAAAAUGUGCCUUGCUAAAUGAUGAUGUUC